UGACACGAUGCUGGGGAUGAUAUAAAUGAUGCUCAGUGAUCGGUUGGAACAUACAAUCAUCAGGAUUCUGCUCUAGAUUUUUUAACAGUGACACUUCAGUUAACUUCAUCAAAAUGAAAUCUCUGUUUCUGUGGAUGAGUGGCCUUUUGUUCAUCAGCCUCACUGGAGCACAUGACCUCAAACACUUUCUGGAAAACUUUGUGGUGGCAAAAAGGAAUGAUGCAAAUCCAGUCACACUGACCUGCCGUACAAAUAUCGAAGGACCUGUCACAUGGAAAUUUCAUGGUGCAGAGCUGGAGGAUGUUGACAUUGAGGACAAUGUCCAGCAGAACGGUCCAAAUCUCUCCGUGUCAGAGGUAGAUAAACCCAUGUUGGGAAAAUACAGCUGCUGGAGAGGAGAAGACAUUUUAUCAUCAACCUAUCUGCUGCUGGAGGCUGAGGAGGAAGACACGUCUGAUUUUUUCUCUAUCAAUUGUCGGGCAAAGUCAUAUGACUGUAACUUCAGCUGUGCAUGGGUCCCCAAAGGACAAUAUCCAGUGCGCCUUGGACUGGGUCGUGACUGCAGUGAAGGUGGGAAGACGUGUGAUUGGGUCAGCAGUGAUCUGAUCAAGGAUGGGAGAUUCCAGUUUGAGUUUUACCACUCGCUCUCACCUUACACUGAGGAAAGCACCAAGCUGGAGCUCACCGCAGAGGCCAUUGUUAACCUCUCCAUCCUCAGGAGAACCAUGAGAUUUUAUGUCAGAGACAUCAUUAUACCUGAUAGCCCCAAGAUUGUGAGCUGUCAGGAGGGGAAGGAGGACCUGAACGUCACCAUCGAUGCACCAUCCAGCUGGUCUACUCCGCACAGCUACUUCAGCCUGGAGCACGAAAUUGAAUACAUUUUAAAAGAUGAUGGCACGAGUGGAUAUUCUUCAUCUGGUCUGAUACCGAAGAGGAUCAGCAAGCUGAGGGUUCACUCCAGAGACCCGCUGGUGCCCUCGUCCUGGAGCGAGUGGACUCCCUGGAAAAAUGUAACCUGUUGACAUUAUUCCAACACAACCCUUCCUGCUCCUGCUCUCUCUUUGUUCUUAACUACUGCUUUCUAUUAUGUGUCUCCCUUUGGGGCAUCACACACUGAUAGCUAAAAGAUAACACAGCACUCACCAGAAGCUCAGUAAUAAGUCUUUACGUUUUAAGACAGAAGAUCACUAAACACUCUUAUAAUUUAUUUUGUAUUUAUAUAUAUAUUUUAUAUAUUUGUCUAUUUAAGGAUCCUUAUUGAAAUUACAAGCAACGGUAAUUUACAUAUGACAUCAUUCAACAUGAAUCAUAACUUGAUGAGUCAGUCAAAGUUUACACUUUAUACAGUCUUUCACUACGUGUGUUUCUUGGCCUCGUGUAUUUCUGUAUACGUAAGUGUGUUGGCGUUUCUGUGUAUUUUGGUGGUUUGCUGUUUUGUGGCUAUUAAAGAGCUAUGUGCUUCCUUCCUCUCGUAUGUUCCUUCUACAUUUAUGUGUGGCAUGCUCAGUAUAAGUUCACAUGGUGGAAUAUCAGAAAUAUCCAUCAGUAAAUGUUUAUAAUGAAUGCUCCUAA